AUGACGGACCAAGUCCUGAACGACAAACCAAUCCCAAAGGAGGAGCAUUGUCUGCAGAGCUCUGACCAGGGAGACUCGACGGACCGUGCUGAUAUCGACGAGAAGCUUGAGAAUUCCUUCCCAGAUGGAGGUGCCAGGGCAUGGAGUGUAGCACUGGGCACGUCUGGUGUGCUGUUCUGCACUUUCGGAUACGUCAACGCCUAUGGCGUAUUCCAAGAGUACUAUAUGUCACAUCAACUGCGCGACUCGUCUCCGUCAGCCAUAUCCUGGAUUGGCUCAUUGCAGGUUUUCUUCUUGUUUUCCGGUUCCCUUGUUGGUGGCCCACUCUUCGACCGAUACGGAGCAAAGGUUAUCUGGCCAUCUGCUGUUCUACACUUCUUUUCCAUUAUGAUGACGAGCAUUUCGAAAGAAUAUUACCAGAUCAUGUUAGCCCAAGGAGUUCUUGGGGGUAUAUCUAUGGGCAUGACCAUGGCCCCGUCAAUGGCCGCAACACCUCAAUAUUUCAGCCAGAAACGCGGAGCGGCUAUGGGCAUCGCGGUUGCGGGAUCUUCGAUCGGUGGAGUCAUCUUCCCAAUUGCACUUGGCAGGAUGUUUAACAGCACUUCACUGAGUUUCGGCUGGUCUGUUCGCAUCUGCGGCUUUCUUGUCCUGGGCAUUCUCACACCCUCAUGCGCAGCUAUCCGUUCCCGUCUCCCGCCACGAAAGAAGAGCUUCUUCCUCCGAUCCGCAUUCAAACAGCCAGAAUAUGUAGCAAUCAUCACCUUUAGUUUUCUCAUGACUCUUAGCGUCUUUUCCCCUAUAUUCUUUCUCCCAAGCUACGCGGUGGAGCACGGAAUGGGUAAAGCCCUCGCUUCAUUCAUUCUCUCCAUGUUGAACGCAGCGUCCUUCUUUGGCAGAGUUCUCCCCGGCGUCUUAGCAGACCGACUCGGACGCUUCAACGUGGUCAUUGCAUCCGGCGUCUCGUCAGGGGUGCUGAUAUUAUGCUGGCCAAAAAUGACCUCCAACGCAUCUAUAAUAAUAUUCGCGACUCUGUUUGGCUUUUGCUCCGGUGCCAUCGUCUCGGGCAUGGCCGUCUGCCUAUCAACCUGUGCCAGGGACCCCAAAAACAUUGGGACAUACAUGGGUAUGGGCAUGGGCAUUGUCGCGCUUGCAGGACUGAUAGGGCCACCGAUUAAUGGCGAGCUGGUCAAGCAAUAUCACAGUUUUACCCCAGUCUCCAUCUUUUCUGGUGUGAUAGCUUUCGCUGGAUCAGCGGUUGCCAUACUUGCAAAGGCUACCACAGAAGAGGGGCUGUUCGGAAAAGUCUAA